UUAAUUGGACUUUUAUCUACUUGUCAAACAUCCUAGUCUAUUACAGACUGUAAAGCAUCAUGAAUAACAACCGGUCGAAGUGUGUUCGAUUUCUGUCCCGUAACGCACUAAUUAUAAGUGUGUUAAUUGGUGUGGCGGUGGGGUUUGCCUUCGGUUUUGGACUGCGACCUUUAGAACCAUCCACUGAUGCCCUUACUUGGAUUGGUCUACCCGGAGAGAUUUACAUGCGUCUGCUGAAGAUGACGAUUCUUCCUCUAAUUGUGUCCAGUAUUAUUAUAGGAACAGCCUCAAUGAACGCUAGAACUAACGGACGUCUGGGUGCCGUCAGUUUCUGCUACAUCCUGGUGACUGCAGCUGUAGGGGCUGUCAUUGCCAUCAUCCUCUUCUUUCUCAUGCAGCCGGGGAAGCACGUCAAUCUGUCAAGGUCUGAAGACAACAAUCCCGUACAGAGCAACAUAGAAACCAGUGACAUGUUUGCUGACAUGAUCAGGAAUUUAUUCCCUGAUAAUGUUGUCACAGCUUGUUUUCAAAAGACCCAAACGAAGUAUACACGCAUCACUCGCACGUUGGUUAUAAACGGUACAAAUAGCACCAUCACAGAGGUGCAGAAAGCUCUGUCCUCUACGAGUGGAGCAAACAUUCUGGGUCUUAUCAUUGCGUGCCUGAUGUUUGGUAUUACGGCCAGUAAACUAGAGGACAGAGCCGAACCUUUCAUCACGUUCUUUGAGACCAUCUAUAUUUUAGUUGCCCAUCUGUUGAAUUGGAUCAUAUGGUUGACUCCUGUAGGGGUGGCAAGCCUCAUUACCACCGCCCUACUGAAAGCUUCCGACAUAGAAAGUGUGUUCACCAGUAUGGGGAUGUUUGUUCUAGCACACUCUAUCGGCAUCGCUUUCCAUCAGCUGGUCCUUAUUCCACUCGCAUACUUCAUCACCACCAGAAAGAAUCCGCUAUAUUUCUUGUGGUAUUGCUUGAGAUCUUGGUUGACUGUUUUUGGUCCUGCAAGCUCCGUUAUAGGUAUACCAGAAAUGUUAAAAACUUUGGAUGAAAAUCUUCACGUGGACACGAGGGUUUCAAACUUUUUCCUUCCUGUUGGGGCGUCACUAGAGCGAUGUGGUAGCUGUAUGUUUAUCUGUCUGUCCGCUCUUUUCUUGGCACAACUAGAUGGGAUGACAAUAGAUACGUCCAUAGUGGUCGUCAUCGGUCUUCUCGCCACGGCUGGGUCCCUGGCCACGCCCCCUGUCCCCAGCGCCAGCGUGGUGUCUAUUCUAGUGGUUCUUUCCUCUAUAGACAUCCAAGUUCAUAACGUGGGCCUCCUCAUGGCGCUAGAGUGGUACAAUGAUCGAAUUCGAUGUACAAGCAAUACUCUGACAAUCAUCUUGGGAGCAGUGAUGGUGGAGAGACUCUGCAAGACACGUCUUAACUCAGACCAGGAACUGGAUAGUUAUAAGAACACACAGGAGAGACCGCUCUACGACUCAGAAAUACGUGUCUUGGUGAACAAGGACAAGUCUUUAGAGAAUUGAUUCUGUGUAUUUAUGUUGUCAAAUAGCGAUAAAAUGGAGCUCAAACCGGUAAAAUGACACUUUUAAAGAAAUACAGGAGUAACCGAUCUAUGGCU